AUGAAUUCUUAUUUCGCAAACCCGUCGCUCUCAUGCCAUUUAGCUGGUGGUCAAGAGGUUUUACCAAACGUGGCCCUAAACUCAACUACCUAUGAACCAGUUCGACACUUCUCCUCCUACGGAACCGCUGUGGCCCAAAACCGGAUAUAUUCCUCGCCUUUCUAUUCCCCCCAAGACAACGUUGUAUUCGGCUCGACCAGGGGACCGUACGAGUAUGGAUCCAACGUGUUUUACCAAGACAAGGACGUGCUGCCCAGCUGUAGGCAGAGCACUUUGGGACAAGGUUCACAAAGCUCGCUCGCGCAGGAUUACCCGUCUGAUCCAGGCAGGAACGGCUCACAGGAACAAAAGGGGAACAUUCAGAUCUACCCGUGGAUGCAGCGGAUGAACUCUCAUAGCGGAGUUGGAUACGGUUCUGACAGACGAAGAGGACGCCAAAUUUACUCCCGAUACCAAACUCUAGAACUCGAAAAGGAAUUCCAUUUCAACCGCUACUUGACGAGACGCAGACGUAUCGAAAUCGCCAAUGCACUAUGUCUCUCGGAACGUCAGAUAAAAAUCUGGUUCCAGAAUCGCCGGAUGAAAUGGAAAAAGGAAAGCAAUCUAACUUCCACUCUCGCCGAAAGUGGUUCGGCAGGGGCAAGUCAAGACACAGGAAAAGAGGACACAAAAGAGGCGACAGAAGAGAAGAAAGAAUGAACGACUUCAUAUUUUAGCCUAUUAUAUGCAUCAAUCCGCCGUGAUGUGAGAAUAACUUAACUACCUAACAAGUACCUAUC